CACCGUCCACGGGAAAAGGGCGACGCGCCGGCGGUGGCGGAGUCGCGGAGAGGGUGCGGGUGAUCGCCGCGCAGGGGAAUGGCAGGGAAGGGGGUGAGGUGGCUCCACCACUACUCCUCGGUGCACAGCAUCCUGAUCGUCGGCGACGGCGACUUCUCCUUCUCGCUGUCCCUCGCCGCUGCGUUUGGCUCCGGCUACAACCUUGUCGCAACAUCCCUCGAUUCCUACGGUUGGAGCAUCCUGGUCGUCGGCGUCGGCGACUUCUCCUUCUCGCUGGCGCUCGCCACCGCCUUUGGCUCUGGGGAGAAGCUCGUCGCCACGUCCUUCGACUCCUACGUAUUUUCUCUGCCGUUUCUCGCUGGCAAUCAUCUUGGGGACGGUACAGUUCAUCUGAUCAGCAUGUACAGCAAAGCGGAAUCAAACGUAGCGGAGCUCAAGAGACUGGGCGCCACGGUGCUACAUAGUGUCAGUGUGAAGAAGAUGAAGAAACGCACCGAUCUCAUGUCUAGACGGUUUGACCGAAUAGUCUUCAAUUUUCCUCACGCCGGGUUCAUAGGGAAGGAGAAUCAGGUGCAUAUGAUCAAGUACGCGUGCUCACUCUCUCGAUACAUAAUAUGGCCAUCUUCUUCACUUGUCUAUUUCUUUCCCAUCAUUUGUCUGACACCUCACACAUGCCAGAGAGUUAACUUCGUAUUAACAUUUUCCUGUGUCGUUGUAGCGCCCAUCGGCUGCUGGUGCAAAGGUUCUUCCGCAAACGCGAGCGGAAGGCUCCGUCCCCUCGGCAAAAUACACGUCAGCCACAAGACGGGGCAGCCGUACGACAGGUGGGAAAUCGAGGGUCUCGCCCUCGAGUUUUCGCUUCUCAAGUUUGAGAUGGUCGCCUUCCGUAAAGAGGAUUACCCCGGGUAUAACCAAAAGAGAGGCGACGGUGACAGGUGCGACGAGGAAUUCCCUCUACGCAACGGCUGCACUUUCAAGUUCCAGCGCCGGCCUCGCUGAGCUUCUGUCGCUGGCGUCGCCGUAAGUUGGGGCUUUUAAUUACGAGCAACUUGUGACGCUGCAAGACCGUCGCGUCGCAUGUUUUCCAUGAUGUAUCUGCGACCGACUUCCAUGGACAUGGCGUGCGUUCUCAUGAGACAUCGACCCAUCACUGUGUAGAUUACUACUCCUUGUAGACUAAAAUGUAUAGUACGUAUUUUAUGAAUUAUGAUGGCCAUCGU